CAGAUGGCAGUCCUUCGUAAUCUAUGGUGCACUUCAGUCCUCCACCACCAGGCGUCCUCCUGAGUACAGAGCCGCUCUAUCCCUCAUGUCUCUUCAUUCUUUUACUUUCUGUUUUCCGGGGCUUGUCUAUCUCUCUGCUGUCAGGCUCUGUGUCGGCAGUGACCCAUGCGGCCAUCCACCGCGAGGGGGAGCUGGUCUGCAGUUAGCCGCUCCGCCUGCUUCCUCCCUCUCUCUGUGGUUUCAUCACAUGGACCCUGAGAGGAGCCUGCAAGAUCAGCAGACAUUGACCGCACAGACGCUGCCAUGUUUGAGACGUGUGACUGGAACGAUGAGGGUGAAGGUCUGAUCCUGAGUCCGGCUGAAAACGAGGAAAAGUCCAGUGCUCAGGAGAAGGGAACAUCAAGCAGAAAGAAGCGGCUGAAGAGAAACCGUCAGCUCCAGCAGGUCCUGCGCAGCCUCAAUACCCCCAGUACUCUGUACCCCGACCUCCCGCCAGCCCCGGACACCACAUCUGUCAAGAGGCGGAAGAAACCCGCACCAGGUAAGACGGGUAUAGAAGGACACCUCCCUGAAGUUGACCCCAGGGCUGAGGAACCCCCACAGUCUGCAGAGAAGCUGAGCCGCCGGCAGUGGAGGAACAAGCUGAAGAAUAAGAAGAAGAGUCGGAACAAGUUCAAGGUUGACUCGGGAACAUCGGGGCAAAGAACCGCAGAGAACAGGGACACAGCCAGAGAUCCGGGAGCCGGGGCCACAGCAGCUCCAGGGGAGGCCCCACCAAAGCAGGGAGACAGAAAAACAAAGUCCCAGAAAUCCCAAGGGAAGCAGAAUGGAAAUGUCCUGGUAGAUCGAGCAGAGCAGACCCAACCACCGCCGGGGAGCUCCGCAUGGAAACGGCCGAAGGCCGAGCAUCUCCGAGCAGCUGAGCCGAGGACGUCAGCAUCUGGUGCCCGGGUGACCCCUCAAGAGAGAGCCAGGCUGAAGAAACUGAAGAAGGUGAUGCAGUGCCAGGCUGGCAGCAAGGCACCAGAGAUCGCCAGUGAGGAGGACCCCCAAAAAGCCUUCAAAGAAGCCGAGCAGCCACCGGAGGCUGAUAACAGCGAUGCCAGGCAGGACCGGUCAGCAGAGCUGCGCGCUCGUAUGGAGCAGAGACUGAAAUCUGCGCGCUUCCGCUACAUCAACCAGCAGCUGUACACGUCAGACAGCCAGGAGGCCCUCAACCUCUUCCAGCAAGACCCCGAUGCCUUCUCCUGCUACCACACUGGCUUCUCCCAGCAGGUCCAGCGCUGGCCAGUCAACCCCAUUACCGAGAUCAUCAAGUACAUCAAGAACAGGCCGUCCUCUCUGGUGGUCGCUGAUUUCGGCUGUGGAGACGCCCUCCUGGCACGCAGCGUUCGGAACAAGGUUCAUUCCUUUGACCUGGUGGCCCUGAACGAUCAUGUGACGGUGUGUGACAUGGCCAAGGUGCCUCUCGCGGGCAGCUCGGUGGAUGUCGCCGUCUUCUGUCUGUCUCUGAUGGGGAAGAAUCUCAGUGAUUUUCUGCAGGAGGCGAAUCGCAUCUUAAAGCCGGGUGGGGUGUUACUUGUGGCCGAGGUGAGCAGUCGUUUUGAUGACAUCAGGCCGUUCCUCAACGCAAUGUCACAGUUGGGCUUCAAGAGCAUCAAUAAAAACACAGAGAACUCGUAUUUCUUCCUCUUUGAAUUCAGCAAGACGGGAGGUGCGCGAGAUGCCUCCAAACAUCCAGGCCUGCAGCUGAAGCCGUGUCUGUACAAGAAGAGAUGAGGGCCCGGGGCCCCGCCGGACAUCACAUGAGCACUGACUCCUGUACAAAUACAUUGUGUUUUGGAAUUUUUACUUCUUUUAAGUAUGGAUGCCUCAUGCAGCUUUCUGAUCCUCGGGUGCCUCGCGCCUCGUUGAGCUUUCUGACUUAUGGUUGCUUUGCUUCUGGGGGUAAGCAUCUACUUUAUAGUUACCCCUCAUUACAUCAUGAAGCAGUGAAGUGGGCAAAAUCCACGGCAAUUCACAGUAAAGCAUCAGUGCAACCACCCGCCGGUCACUAUUACAUACCUGACGAGGAGUUGUCCCGUGCCUCAGCCACCCGCCGGUCACUAUUACAUACCUGACGAGGAGUUGUCCCGUACCUCAGCCACCCGCCGGUCACUAUUAC